AUGGCAACUCCACCCGCCCAAGGAGGUCCUCCCGGAGGAAUCAAUUUCCAGCUACCGAAUGGCCAGCGACCAACCCCAGAGCAGAUUGCUGCUAUGCAAAGACAGAUAGCUAUUGACGCAGAGAAGAAUGGAAUGACAGUUCAAGAAUUCGUCAAGAAGUUACAGGCUCAAGCUAUGGCACAACAACAGGCUGCUCAGCAACAAGGAGCCCAGCAAGGAGGACAAGCACAGCAACCUCCGCAGCAACAGCAACAGCAACAGCAGCAGGCGCAACAACCCAUUACCCCAGGUCCUCCCAAACCUGAAGCUCUCGCAGUCGCCAAGUUUUUAAGAGGCCAGGAUUUGAAGACACGAACAUGUAUUCUGAAUGGACAGCGCAAGGACAUGUUCAAGGUCAAGCGUGCACUACGAGCUCUACAAUCUGAUGCCUAUACCAAAGCACGAAAGAAGAAUCCACUCCUCCCUGAGAUUACCGAUCGUGCCUCGCUUGAAAAUACCUUCAAGCUCCUCCCUCUUUCACUCAUCGCUCUCCGAGUGUCCAAGGUUGACCCCCACGAAGGACACGAUCAUGCCCCGGGAGCCCAUAAGACCAAGAGAGUGAAAGGACUGUGGACCGUUAAGAUCGAGCAGCAGCAAGAAUGUCGCGAAGAGCUACAUUUCGUGUGGUUGUAUGAGGGAUCUCAAAUUAAGCAAAAGUUAUACGCAGCCGGUGCGCUGGCCGUCGUAUUUGCCGUGGUCAUGUUCCCUCUCUGGCCCAUGAAGAUGCGUCUUGGAGUUUGGUAUCUGAGUAUGGGUAUGCUUGGAUUGAUUGGAUUAUUCUUCGCCAUGGCGAUCUUUCGUCUGAUCCUCUUUGCAAUCACAAUGUUCGCUGUGCCCCCCGGAUUGUGGCUUUAUCCAAAUUUGUUUGAGGACGUGGGAUUCUUUGAUAGUUUUAGACCUGUUUGGGGAUGGCAAGAGGAGAAGAAGAAAAAGAAGAAGGCCAAGAGUUCUGGCUCCGCAAAUGCAGGUGCUACAAUGGCGGCUAUGACAGGACAGCCAGCUCCAGCUACAGCAACCACUAGUUCGUCAGCUCCUCAAAUGGCCACUGGAACACCAACACAGAGAGGCCUUACUCCCAGAGUGGAGGAAGUCUUUGACGAGGACUAG